GCCCUGUGCUCGGGCCGGGCCGGGCCGGGAGGGUCCCGGGGCUUGCGGCCGGGCCAGCGGGUGAGGUUCUCCGGGCUGACGCAGCGCCAUGCGCAGCCCCCCUGCCAGCGCGCUGCUUCUGAUUGCGCGCCGGGGCCCUGCCGUGCGUGCGUGGGCCCCGGCUGUCUCCUCUAGGACAUGGCUGGCUUCUGAGUGGAACCCGCUCGUACGCGCGUGGACUUCUCUAACCCAUGAGCAGACCCCGGGCCUCCGCUUUCCCGCGCCCCUAUCCGGGUUGCCUGGCGGCGUGGGGCGGUGGGCCACGUCCUCAGGGACCCGCAGGUGCUGGAUACUGGCAGGACCCCGCGGCGCACAUCCACUGUUCGCCAGGUUCCAGGGAAUCCCGGCAGUAGGUACCAGUGUGCGAGACCUUGGAAACGACUCCCAGCGGCGGCCCGCGGCGACCCGGCGCUCAGAAGUGUGGAAGCUACUGGGGUUGGUGCACCCUGAGCGCGGGAGGCUGUCAGCUGCUGUUGGGUUUCUUGCUGUGUCCAGUGUCAUCACCAUGUCUGCCCCUUUCUUCCUGGGGAAGAUCAUUGAUGUUAUUUACACCAACCCAAGUGUGGACUAUGGUGACAGCCUGACUCGCCUCUGUGCUGGGCUCACUUGUGUGUUCCUGUGUGGUGCUGCUGCGAACGCCAUUCGUGUCUACCUCAUGCAAUCUUCAGGUCAGAGCAUUGUGAAUAGGCUGCGCACCUCACUGUUCUCCUCUAUCCUAAGGCAAGAGGUUGCUUUCUUUGAUAAGACCCGCACAGGGGAGUUGAUUAACCGCCUGUCCUCAGAUACUGCACUCCUGGGGCGUUCAGUGACUGAAAACCUCUCUGACGGACUGAGGGCUGGGGCCCAGGUCUCGGUUGGUGUUGGCAUGAUGUUUUUUGUGUCACCCAGUCUGGCCACCUUUGUUCUGAGUGUGGUACCUCCGAUCUCUAUCCUCGCCGUGAUUUAUGGGCGAUAUCUACGGAAACUGUCCAAAGCCACGCAGGACUCUUUAGCACAAGCCACACAGCUAGCUGAGGAGCGUAUUGGAAACAUAAGAACCAUCCGAGCUUUUGGGAAGGAGACGAUGGAAGUGGAGAAAUACACCAGCCAAGUGGACCAGUUGCUGCAGCUAGCACGGAAGGAGGCCUUCGCACGAGCCGGCUUCUUCGGAGCAGCUGGGCUCUCGGGCAACCUGAUUGUGCUGUCUGUCCUGUACAAGGGGGGCCUGCUGAUGGGCAGCGCCCAUAUGACAGUGGGCGAGCUCUCUUCCUUCCUCAUGUAUGCUUUCUGGGUUGGAUUGAGCAUCGGAGGUCUAAGUUCAUUCUACUCCGAACUGAUGAAAGGCCUGGGUGCUGGUGGGCGGCUCUGGGAGCUGCUGGAGAGACAGCCACAGCUGCCUUUUAAAGAGGGGAUUGUGUUAGAUGAGAAAAGCUUUCAGGGUGCUCUGGAGUUCAGAAAUGUGCACUUCACGUACCCUGCUCGGCCAGAAGUGUCCGUGUUCCAGGAUUUCAGUCUUUCCAUUCCAUCUGGAUCUGUCACAGCACUGGUUGGCCCUAGUGGCUCUGGAAAAUCAACAGUUGUCUCACUCCUGCUGCGGUUGUAUGACCCUGUUUCCGGAACAGUUAGUCUUGAUGGUCAUGACAUUCGUCAGCUAAACCCCAUCUGGCUGAGAUCCAAGAUUGGGACAGUCAGUCAGGAGCCGGUCCUGUUUUCCUGCUCUGUGGCAGAAAACAUUGCCUAUGGCGCUGACGACCCAUCCUCAGUCACAGCCCAGCAGGUGGAGAGGGCAGCAGAAGUGGCCAAUGCUGCGGAAUUCAUUCGUAGCUUCCCACAGGGCUUUGGCACUGUGGUUGGGGAGAAGGGCAUCCUCCUGUCUGGUGGGCAGAAACAAAGGAUCGCAAUAGCCAGGGCCCUGCUGAAGAACCCGAAAAUUCUUCUCCUUGAUGAAGCAACCAGUGCACUGGAUGCUGAAAAUGAGCAUCUGGUACAGGAGGCACUUGAUCGGCUGAUGGAAGGAAGAACAGUAUUGAUCAUAGCUCACCGCCUGUCCACUAUUAAGAAUGCCAAUUUUGUUGCUGUCCUUGAUCAAGGAAAAAUCAGUGAACAUGGAACACAUGAAGAGCUACUUUUAAAGCCCAAUGGGCUUUACAGAAAAUUAAUGAACAAACAGAGUUUUAUGUCAGUAUAAUGGAGCAGUUCCUGGAGCUGUCACAGUAUAUAACCUUUAAUCCCAGCUAUCGGUAAACUGGAGCAAAAGGAUUGUGAAGACUUCGUCACAUGCAUAGCAAGACCCUGUCUGAAAACAAAAAUAAAGCAGUAGUUACUGAUAGAUUGUUCGAGAGACUUUAACCAAACAGCAUUGGAGAAAACAGAACUUAGAGACUGUAUGAAACCUGUGAAUCAUAACUUCAGUUAUUUGAAACAUGCCUAUUUUCACAAAGACUAUGAAAUAUUGUUUUAAGAUGUACCUGUUCCCAGACCUUCUUAUUCAGUUUUAAAAUUGUAAUUUUCUAAAUGUCUGAAGCACUGAAGUUACUGCAGGUUUUGGAAUGUUUGUUAACUCAGCACGGCACCUCAUUUCCUUUUCCUGCUGCCAGAGUCAAGCUGUUGCCAGGCUUUUAAAAGGGAAUUAUAAACCAAAGGCCUGACUACUUUAAGCCAGGUUUCUAAUCACGGGGCACCUACCUGGGGCCACUGAGGGAAAGCAUGCCUUGUCUGUCCCCCACAUCUGGGGUCAGCUCUGGAACACCAUAGGCUGCAACUGUCAAAGAGUGUGCAGUGCUCAGCACUAGGGUGUAUGAGAGCCUGAUGCAUUUUGCCAAAGGAAACAGGAAAGCUUCUAUUUUUUAUUCACUUCCUUGUUUUAUGACUCCUCUUGAAAAGCAAGGUACAAAUGAACAGGUAUUAGCAACAAAAGUGAACGAAAAUCAAUUUUACAUUUGUUGAAGCAUGCAUUUUGGAAAAAAACUUUAAAAUAAUAUGUAAUUCUCAGAUAUAUUAAUUAUAGUUUUGUAUUUUAAAUUUUCACUAAUAAGGCUGAAUCUGAAUAAUAUAAUUUUCAGCCUUGAAUAUGGUGGUUCUUUGGCCUCAGUAGCAGAAACACAACGACAAAAGGAACAUCGUCUUUUGGAGAGCGUCAAAAUAAGAUACAUAUUGUCCUGCUGCUGUGGCAAAUGUGGCUGCCCUGCCAAGUGCAAGAGAAAGUAUAACUGGAGCCAAAGAGAUGAAACAUUGCUGGGACUGGACAGGCGAGAUACCUAAAAUUGUUUAUCAUAUAUUCAGACAUGGAGUCUGUGAAGGAACAAUCUAAAAAGUCAAGAGGAGUUGUUGCAGCAUCCAGUUCAUCUUGAAGAUUCCAACAAUUAGCCAUGAAAAACUAUUCUGGUUUAAAAAGAAAAAAAAAAAAAGCAUAAUGACUUACAUCCCUAAUCCUAGCAACUGGGAUUACAUAGUGAGCUUAAAAUCAGCCAGGGCAUGAGACCUUAUUAUAAAGACAUUUGAAAGUCCUACUUCAUGGAGUACAUAGAAUAUUAACAGCACCGCCCCAUAAAAGGAGCUGAGUAGCCUUUUUCUCCUGUCCUUGUAGUUUUAGUCACCUACAGUAUUUCCAUUCUUAAAGAUUUGCCACUGUUUUUUUUUUUUUUUUUUUGGCCUCAAGGAAAAGUGCUUUUUCUGUAUUGUUUUGGAGCCUGUCCUGGAACUUGCUCUAUAGAUCAAGCUGGCCUCAAACUCGCAGAGAAUCUGCCUGCCUCUGCCUCACGAGUGCUGGGAUUAAAGGCGUGUGCCACCACUGCCCAGUUGAAGAAGUGCUUUUUUUUAUGCUGGUGCUUUUUUUAUGCUGGUGAUGUAGAGCCUGCAACACAGCUACACCAAGAGUUAAAUUGACAAACUUGCCAUGUCCAUUUGCCUCUGGCCAUACUGGGAGAGCCCUCUUCAUGAGAAAUACAGAAUAUCAUAGUUUAUGUUUUGCUUGGGAACUUGAUGAGCAAGAUAGGCUCCCUGAAUGAGCGUAGUGGUCUUUGAGUUAGUAAACAGCACGUCUGACAAUCAUUUUCCAUUGUCCACAUGUUUACUCAACUUGAAGGGUGAUUCUCAAGACAAAACAGUUGCAAAUCAGGUUGGUGGGAAACCCCUUUGCUCAAUGGACAUAUUUAAAAAACUGAAUUGAGUCAUCACAUUUUAUUUCUUACUAAUGUUUGUCUUUAACAUUUUAUAUCAGAUUAAAAUUUAUAGUGAAUUUUACGUUAUGAUGCUGAGACUGAAUCAAAGGCCACUCACAUGCCAAGCACUGCUGAGUUAUAUCCACAUCUUCAGCCUCAUGUCUAUCACUUCUUUUAAAUUUUUGUACAUAUUCAGUUUCUUAAUAGAAUUUGCUAUGGAGACUCAAAGAAUUUUUUAAUCUGACAUGCCAAAUACAGAGGAGUGACUGCAA